GAAACCUGACUGUGUAGAUGGAACACUGGGAAAAGUAACUCAACCCUGAAGAUCCAUUAGAAAAGUGCUCAUUUUAAGGUACUGGACAUAAUGAUCUACUACUGAUCAAAGGAAGACGCAAAUAUUUUGGGAUCUUAAAGAAUGUAGUAUGCAGCUAUGAAGACACUGUGCAACCUGGAAAUUGAAUACACAGGAAAACAAAUGCUGCUUUGUUUGGUCAUGGGAUCUGCAUAUGUUCUGUGGUCCUUCUAUUACCUAACCAAUAACUUGGAGGAUGGCAGCAGAAGUUUCUAGAUUGCCAGUACAACCACUGGUACCUGGCACAGCCUUGUCUAAAUCCAGUAGCACCAGAAAGAAAAAAAAGAAAGAACAUAGCGGGAAGGAAAACAAUGAGAAUAAUGGCAAACAGAGUUCACAGAUUCGGACCGAGAUUGAAGGCCUUACAAAAUCUGGUCAUCUGGCCCUGCUUUCAGGAGAAGCUGAAGAAGCAAUCACUUGCUUUAAGAAGGCCUUUCUAUCAUCUUUGGAUGCGCAGGAUAUUCAAGUUCAGAAAGCGUGCGCCUUCAACUUGGGUGCUGCCUACAUUGAACUUGGGAAGCCACAGAAAGGUUUAAAUUUCUUGCUAAAAUCACAGACUGUGGACUCUGCGGGAAGCAGCCAACAGGGAGACCUUUACUUCAAUAUAGGAACUGCCUAUGAAGCAAUGAAAAACUUUCCGUUUGCACUGGAGCAUUUCCAAAAAGCAGCAGACCAUUAUGGUGCCGGCCAAGCAGAAAAUGCUGCAGAUGCGCAGAUGAAAAUGGGCUACUGCUAUCUUAACAUGAAAGACCCUUCUGGAGCUUGCCGAUGCUUCCUGCUUGCAGGAGAAUAUUACAGGGAAGUUAGAAAACUUGAUGUGGCUGCUGUUGCACUAAAUGAAGCUGCGAAUCACAUGCUACAAUGUCAGCAGUUCACAGCAGAAGAUAUAGUGAAUGUUCUCCAUGAGUGUCGAAGUAUAUGCACAAGCAUCAGCGAUCUACAGCUUUUAGGAAGACUAUACAAUGACAUUGGUCUGAGCUACUCCCAGCUGAAAAUCUUUUCCUUAGCAGCAGAAAAUUUUGAGAAGGCGCUGCCAUUGUGCCAGAGUGACAAUGCAGAUAAGCAGAAAGAGGUUGUGGUUUUGCAAAAUCUGGGAGCUGUGUAUAACACCUUGGGGAAAUUUGAGAAGGCUUUGGAGUUUCACGAAAAAGCUGCAGCUAUGUAUGGAAUUUUAGGAAAUCGGAAUGCUCAGGGGCAGUGUUUCUGUAACUUGGCCUAUGCCUUUAGCCAACUGGAACAUCAUGAAGAUGCUGGAGAGAACUACCUUCAUGCCCUGCAGGCAUUUAAAGAUACAGGUGAUUUCCAUGGACAAUGGCAAGCAUGUGAAGGACUUGGUGCUGUCAAGUUCCGUCUUGGUGACCCUGAAAAAGCAACAGUUUAUUACAAACAAGCAUUGUCACUUCUCUCCAAAUCCAAGGACGACACAGGAGCAGCUCAGGAGCGAAUUGUGAACAAACUCACCGAUGCUAUCCAGUACAAGCUCUCCAUGAACAGUCGAUUUCACCAUGGAGGAGGGAUUCCCCCAGCUAUGCCUCUUAAAAAUCUGCCUGGAGGGUUUCAGUCUUUGAGUCGAAAUUCUCACCUUGCCCCAGGAAAGCGUGGCUAUGAGAAUAACCACCACUCUUUGCUACGUGAUGACUUGAAAGAAGAAUGUCCAUUGCAGCCAACAGAAAAAUAUGAUACUCAAAGUCCUCUGCUGAAGAACAAUGGACCUGGUCCUGAUGGACACGAUGUGGAAGAAAACCAUAUUUAUAAUCAAACAGGCCUAGAAUUCAGAGCAAAAGAUAUAACACCAGGUGAAGGGGCCAGAAGUCUAAUGGAUGACACAAUGAAUCAGAAUGAUGAAGCCUUACAACAAAGAACAGAAAAUGCAGAGAUGGAUAGUGACAGCCUCACCGUUAUAACCAAUGCAAAAUCUGAGGCCACUGAUGCUGCAGACCAGAUAUCUGUCUACCGGAACUCCCAGUCUCAUGCAAACAGCAAUCUCAACAACACCUACCUUCGGCCUGACCCGUUGUACCAAAAUUCUUCAAAAAACUCUACACUGAAGGCAACACAAAAGAGUGAUCACCUCUACCAUUCUAUGGGAGCUGGAACAGUGACUCUGGACAGGGCUGGUCCAUCUUCAUCUCACAGCACGAUUAGUGAUGACAACGAAUCACCUCAUGGUCGCGCCAAGCACAGGCGUGGCUCAAAGAUGUGUACACUCAUGUGAAGGAGUAAGAACUUGGGACUGUUUCUCUUUAUGGAUGCUAUACUGCUGUCAGUGCCAGCUGGCAGCAGGAAGGCCAGUCAGUAUUUAUUGUGAUCAGUUGCCCAGUUUCUUGUGUUUGAAUUCUGCAGGUUUCUAGGAUUACCUUACUUGAGAUUUGUAACUUGUCAGAAUUCUGCAUUAGAUUUUCUUGUCUCUUUCCAAAUUAGUGUCAUGUUCAUGGUAGUCACAGUAUCCCCUGAUUUAUAACGAUGUACUUGGAAAGGAGCUAAUACCACCUAUGUAGGAGGCCUUUUGCCAAUGUGUUACUUGUCUUCUACUGGGAAGAGGAUGCGGUGACUCUAUUACAGAGUAAAGUGCAAGUGUAUAUAACACAGCAAUGAAAGAAAGAAACAAUAAAUUGUAAUUAUCAUGUGUGUAUACCACAGAAAUGAAUAAAAGCAACUUUAAAUUGUAAUUAUCAUACUACUUGCUGUUUGCAUUUGCUUGCUGCAAAGUUAAACAAAUCAAGCCAUUUACAUGCUCUGCUCACACUGGAAAGUGCUUUUUUGUUGUAUAUCUGGAAGGUAACUUGCAGCAUAAAGCUAGCAUGUUAUUCAACCUCAUUCUUAUUGCACAUUUAUAGGCCAUGUUGUAAUGCAGGCAUAAAUACAUUUUGAUAACCUA